GGGCAGGGAGCAGUUAAAGCUCUGCUGAAGUAUUCAGAAACUGCUGAGCAAAGACUAGGCUGAGAUGGCCUUUGUGCCAAUCAAGAGGCAAAAGAACACCAAAUCCAUGGCGCAAGGAAGUAACCAACAUCAGGCUGGAUCCUUAUCGGCUGACAAAGGUGAAUCUUUUUCCAAUUUUGCAGGUACUUCUACCAACUCUGAAACGGAGCUUGACAAAGCCAAGUCUAAUGAGAAUAGAACACAGGGUAAGGCAUGCCCUCAAGAAAAACAGCCAGAAGAAGAGAUACCAAAGGUACCAAUGGGACCAGGACCAUAUUUUUAUAUCAGUGGAUCUAAUGGAGCUAGGCUUGUGAGCAUCUAUUGCCAGAGCAGAGGCUGGCAGCGUAUCUAUGACAACAGAAGAGAGGAUUAUGCACUGAAAUGGUGUGAAAUCAAGUGCAGAGAGACCUAUUACCAUUUCAAAGAAGGUGAACAGCUUCUCUACCAGAUUCCCAACAAUGGAGUCCUCACCAAUAAGAUAGAGCUUUUAUGCUGCCUGAGAGAGCAAGAGCGGAUGAUGAAAAAGACCAGUAGGAGCUCUAAUUCCAAGUUACUGAAGAUGGAAGAAUUCUUCCCAGAAUCUUUUCGCCUGGAUUUAGAAGAUGAGAGAAAUGCCUUUUUUGAGCUUUUCAAGGAAGAACAGAUUUGGAUUUGCAAACCGAGUUGUUCUAACCAAGGUCGAGGAAUUUUCCUGCUGAAAAAUCCAGGUGCUGUCAACACCCUUCAUGCCAAGCUCCGCAGCACUGAGGAACACCUACUCAAUAAGAGGGUGCCACACAAGGCUCCCCAGGCAAGAAUUGUGCAAAGGUAUAUUCACCAGCCUCUGCUCCUGGAAGGGAAGAAGUUUGAUGUCCGGUCUUACCUCUUCAUUGCCUGCACAGCACCAUACGUGUUAUUUUUUGCCCAGGGUUACGUCAGGUUGGCUUGUGUCAAUUAUGAUGCCGCUUCUGAUGAUCUGACAGUUCAUCUGACCAAUCAGUACGUGCAGAAGAAGAACUCCCUGUACAGCCAGGUGAAAGAGGAGACAGUCUGGCGGAUGGAGGACUUCAACAGCUACGUUAAUGAGAAGUUCAGAAAAACCAACGGCCUCCCCAAAGACUGGGUUUUCACUGUGUUUACUAAAAGGAUGCAGCAGAUCAUGUUGCAGUGCUUCCUGGCAGCCAAGCACAAACUGGAUCGCAAACUGGGCUACUUUGAUCUCAUCGGCUGUGAUUUCUUAAUUGAUGAAAACUUUAAGGUCUGGCUUCUGGAGAUGAAUGCAAACCCAGCGUUGCAUACCAACUGCAAAGUCUUGAGAGACGUCAUCCCAGCUGUAGUCUACGAGGGUCUUGAUUUGGUUCUCGAGGUUUUCAACAAGCGCCUCAAAGGCCAGAGUAUUUUGCCUUUAGAGACACUCUGCCAUUUUGUACUUCUCUACCACGAGGAUGCUGCGGACCUUGACAUGAAACAACCCUUGAAGCUCAGGACUGGCCUGUGUUCAGGCUGGUAUCUGCAGCCACACACAGGCAGUACCAGCCACUUUGGUCAGAGCCCUGCCAAAGCGCUGCAGAAGUCUCCCAAGAAGCCUGGUUGCUCUAGAAAAAAAGUUGCCUUGCUCAGAAAGAAUUGUUAA